CUCUCUCAGUCUGCCGGCUAUUGCCGCUCUGCUCACACUGUGUCUCGCUGUGGAUCGUGUUUUAACUCGCCAUCACUGCUGUUACGGACCUUUUGUUGAAUGAAACGCGCAGAGUUUUUCCUCUGGAUGAUCCUAACUGUGUGGAGGAGACACAUAAAUAUGUUGAGCAGUAAACAGACGUCCUCUGGGCUCCAGAGUGGUGAAUCUCUGUAAAGUCAUUCCUGUGUUGGAGUGUGAGCAUCCCGGUGGAGUUUUGUGUGUCAUCAGGACCUUGAGACACACCCACACACACCCACACAUACACACACACAUUAAUGUUGAGCCUCUCCUUCUCACAGACGACCUGGCAGACCUCGAAUCUCUAAAAGAUUGAUGAGGUCCUGUCCAGGCACAGGAGGCCUGGCACAGCGUCGAUAAGGCAGCUUUCAUUUCACCACAUUUUAUCCCUCGCGCCUUCCUUUCUUCUCCUCUUUGCCUCCAUGCUGCGGGGCAGCAGGGGCCGCCUUUGAAGCAUGAGAGAGGAUUUUAAGACGGCAAGGCCCCUGGGCAGGAAGGACAAUGUUUUAAGGAAUAGGAACCAUGAAAUGCCCUGAAAAUGACACUUUUAUUCUCUUCUGUUGCUCCGUGUCGGACAGCUGUGUGGUAGCCGAGCAGGACGCCAGAGUCGGCAUGUCACUGUCCAACUGCUGGAGCUGGAAUAUAGUGAAGCUACAGAGAGACACGCAGAGCUGAGAUUAACUUAACACACACCGCACAAACACACCCACACACACACACACACUCAAAGUUUUCCACACAGGACAAUGUGCAACAUCUCGUUCUGUAAUGUGGACAGUAAGGUGGACCAGUUCUUCCAGCCCACGCUCUACAUCAUAGUCAUCGUUCUGGGACUGCCCACUAACUGCAUGGCCCUGUGGGCUGCCUACAUGCAGGUACGGCAACGCAACGAGCUGGGCAUCUACCUGAUCAACCUGUCGGUGGCCGACCUGCUCUACAUCACCACUCUUCCUCUGUGGAUCGAUUACUUCCUGCAGCACGAUGAUUGGAUCCACGGCCAGGAGAGCUGCAAGCUGUUCGGCUUCAUCUUCUACACCAACAUCUACGUCAGCAUCGCCUUCCUCUGCUGUAUUUCUCUGGACCGGUACCUGGCCGUGGCGUAUCCUCUACGCUUCGCCAAGGUGCGGCGAAUCAAAACAGCCGUCAUGGUCAGCGCCAUGGUGUGGAUCAUUGAGAUCGUAGCCAACUCUGCUCCUCUCUUCCACGACGAGCUCUUCCAGGACCGCUUCAACCACACCUUCUGCUUCGAGAAGUAUCCCAUGCAGGACUGGGUGGCGGGCAUGAACCUCUACAGGACAUUUCUGGGCUUCCUGGCUCCGUGGACAGCCAUGCUCGUCGCCUACCGCGGGAUCCUCGCCGCAGUGCGCUGCAACGUCUCAACGGAGCGCCAGGAAAAGGCGAAAAUCCAGCGACUGGCGCUCAGUCUGAUCCUGAUUGUUUUACUGUGCUUUGGACCGUACCACAUCCUCCUCCUGGUGCGGAGUGUCAUGUUUCUAAAUAAGCCAUGUGACUGCGGCUCGGAGGAGAGCUUGUUCGCAGCGUACCAUGUGUCGUUGGCGUUGACCAGCCUGAACUGCGUGGCCGACCCCAUUUUGUACUGUUUCGUCAACGAGGGGGCGAGGCACGACGUGGGCCGGGCUCUCUCAGCUUUACUGUCCGCAGCUUGCAAGAGGCGCUCCUCUUCCUCGCCAUCGCACGCCGACAUGCUUAACGCAGGUUCAGUGACUAUGGAAACCCCUCUGUCGGCUAAAAAGCAGCCUUGUGUGUACGCUGAGGGCGCCAAGGCGAAUACCUACAAGACAGAACUGGUGGCUCUGAAGGAGGAGUGUCUACAGAUGACCAUCCUCAGCGUGAGGAAGUGACUUCAGCUUCCUACUGUAAGAAGUAAACUGCUCAGUGGAUGGAGGAAGCUCCCAACACUGACACAAUCUGAUGUCUUUUGGCCCCAACAGACUGAAAUUAGAUUCAUUCAUGAGGUUGUAGAUGUUUGGGGUAAAAUCUUCCACUUAAUGACACAUUGACAAGCCAGAAUGGGAAUUUUUUGAAUUCACAAGACACACUGUCUGUAGCAACAGUCGCAGUCCCUGUAAGGUUGAAAUGCUUACGCCCCAGAAAACAACAUUUUUGGCCGAAACUUUUUGGUUUUUGUUGGAUCAUUACCACUAAAACAAGUCAUCAGAAUCAAAAUCAGAAGCUUUUACUGUCACUGCACAGAGUAACAAGUACUAGUACAACGAAAUUUGCCAUCAACCCGUCCAAAACGUAUAAAACACACAAACAAUAUGACAGAGGUGAACAGGACAGGAAGACAGUUAUUGUUUGGCCUGAGUCAUGUUGUAAAUCAAAAGGGUUUCUCCAUUGAGCUGCAGUCUUUGCAGUGUUUUUCAGCCUCUGCACAGCUGCACUUGAUGCAUUUGUUAGCCUCUUAGCAUGCUAUAAAUUACCAUAAAUCCUAGAGUACAGCUGAGACUGACAAGGAUUCAGUCGAUAGCUUUAGAAGUAUCCUCAUGAAGUGUCGGACCAGAGGAAAGCUGGUGACACUUUAUGAUCUGUCAGGGGAUUACCAAAGUCCUCAGGAUUCAGUCUCAGUGAACCACAAAUGUCUGUACCAAAUGUGAUCCCAAUUCAAGUCAAUAGAUAUUGAGAUAUUUUGUCUGGACUAAACAGAUCAACAGAUUGGCUGACGUACCUGCAGCCAGUAACAAUGAGCAUUAUCAAACUCCAUGUGGACAACUGCCCACUGUGCCGGGAGUCAAUGCCUAGGAAGACGUUCUUGAAUAUUUAAGUGGAAUUAUUUAAACACGCCGUAUUUUGCAUGGCUGAGUAUUGUUAGUGACACAAGUGGGCAAAGGACGGAUGUUGGAGAUUCUGAAACACAAAGCACCACUUUGGAUUGUGGAAGAAGAGCAGAAGGGUAAUAUUAAGAUUGUGAAGUACUGGUCAAUAAAACAUUUUUACUGCUUGUCUUAACCGUUUUAUUAGUUUUUUGAAGGAAAUAAUGACGCCUUAUGAAGUACCUCAGCUUGUAAACUGUGAUAGCAAGCAGGCUUAGAGUAGAAGUGUCUCUUAUAUUAUGUGAGCAAUUUUUUUUUUCUCUUUCUUUUUACCACAGGCAGCAAAAUAAACACAACUCAGUCCACUGAGAUGACAGAGAAAAUCCUGAACCAGAGCCUGCAUUCAGCACACUCAGCCAUUUAUCAGACAUUUAUACUAUAGUAAAUAAGAAAAUCUUUAACUGAAACCAGAAAACCAUCUCUCAACUCCAUGAAUAUAAACUGCAUGCUUGGGCUUUGGUAAAGGCGACCCACAGCUGACCUGAUACUGUUUACAUUGCUAUUUCAGACAGAUGCCUUCAAAUGUCACUUGUCCCAAACUUCAUAAAUGAUAUACAGUAGGGCUGCAGAAUUAAUCGAAUUCUAUUCGUGAUCAAGAUUUUGGCUGCCACGAUUAAAUUAACCUGAUCGUCGGCGAUAUUUCCAUUUUAAAAUGCGGCUCUCCUGCAUAUCUAAUCAAGCACUUUCUACCCCAGUAGUCCACCAACCACCAGGGCGCGGGGCCGCAGGAUGUGACAUAGUACUCGACGCCACAACAACACGCGCCAUUUGUAAAAGCUGGCGCAGCACUGUUGCCAAUUUAUCGACUUUGUUGCUAUAUUUAGCGACUUUUCAGACCCCCUUAGCAACUAUUUUUCAAAAAAGCGACUGGCGACAAAUCCAGCGAUUUUUUCUGGUGUUAUUGGAGACUUUUAGAGACUUGUUCUUACUCUUCUUAACGAGCCGCGGGGCCGGAGGCUCAUUAAGAAGAGUAAGAAAGAGUCUAAGCGGCACAGUCUUCCUGCAGCAGUCUCUCCCAGCUGCAGAGACUGAGGGGAUGUUAACCCUUAGCGUCCAGUCUGCAAAUUGCUAAUAGGCUAACAGUUAGCUCUGUAGCAGUACAGUGUGUAUGUGCUGCUGCUGCAGGAGGUGUUCACUUAGCGAUCUCUGUUUGUUUACAACAAGCACCGGACACUAAAAACUACUUAAAAGUAGUGCAAUAAAAAAACAGAUGUUUUCCCCGACAUGAUGAAUAAUCGUGAUUAUAAUAUUGAUCAAAAUAAUCGUGAUUAUCAUUUUGGCCAUAAUCGUGCAGCCCUCAUAUACAGUAGUCUUUAUAUUAAUCAUUAAAUUCUCAUCACAGAAAAAGUUUCUUAGCUCCUCGUUUGGCAAGUUUUCUACAUUCCCUUUUAUUCACUCCUGGCUGCUAACAGUAACUCAUAUUAGGGAAACAAAUUAAGACAUUUCUCUAUAAAGUCAAAGCUCUGAUGAGGAAUUUAAGAAAUACUUGACUGGAUAUCCAUAUAAAACCAUCUCCGGUUGUCAUGGCAGCAGCCAUGAGGGCAUGUGGCAGCAUUCAAACCAGCAGUGUAACACAGAUUGUUUUAAUGACUUAUUUGGUUAAAAAUGUACAGUAAGCAUGUUGCUCCUUUUGUACAUAAAGCUGACUGUUUUUAAUGAAAAAAUAUAAGUGACAACUUUUGAUCCACCGACACUGGAUCAGCUGCCAUAUUCUGCCAUAUAUUUACUACUUAAGCCCUGAUGUCAAAGGAGAGUUUUCAGGGUGUGAAAAAUAAAAAUGAUUCUAAAAAAAUAUUCAUCUUUACCAUGAUUUGACAUUACACAGAAAUGAAUGAUCUUUCUUUUCCAUAGUUGGCAGCUGGUUUUUACAGUAAAUUCAACACAAAGUGACCACACGUAGCCUUUUUUUUAUGGCAUUCACAAAACCUAAUGGCUGCUUCUACAACAGAGCGUCGUAUACUGUACAUAAAUAAAUUAUAGGUGUCAUGACAGCUGGCAGAGCAGAGGCAACUUCUAAAAACUAUUUUGAAGCUGUCAGCUUUUCUACAAAAUUUAUUUGCACUGGUUAAUAUCAGUGGUAAUACAUUUCAACAAACUGUCACUGUUACAGUUUACAUACAGAAUGUCCUGCUAUGUUAAGAUAUAUAACAAUGACAUACACUGCAAAAAAUAAGGGGUGUCUAAAAACAAGAUAAAAACACUAAAUCUGAGGGAAAUUGUCUUAAAAUUUCA